GUCACGUGACGAGCAGCGGGGCCCAGAGCGAGGCGGCCGCGCCCCUUCCGGCGGGCGCUGCCGGGACCGGCGGGGAGGGGGCGGCCGGGCGCGGGGACGGCGCCCGCCAUCACCUCUCGUCGCCUCGCCUCGCCCCUGCCGCCGUUCCCGCUCCCCUCCCUCAUGGCGGAGCAGCGCGAGGCCGCCGGCCCCUCCCUCCGCCCGCUCCGGCCUCCCCCUCCUCCUUUUCCUCCUCUUCGUCCGCGAGCGGCGGCCGCGGGGCCUCUCCCGGUGGGGGUGUGAGGGCGGCGGCAGCAGGGAGUUUCUGUGGAAGCGAUGCUGUGGCUGUUCUCAAACUCUCUUACAAACUGAUUUUGAUGUUUCAGUGUUGCAUCAUCUUGUGUUGAGUAACAGAAGUUGUGCUGUUCGUUGAUUAAUGUGACAGUCACUUGUAGUUUACGAGAUGAGCCAAACCCGUGGGAAAUAUGACUUCUGUAUUGGUCUGGCGUUGGCUAUGAGCUCCAGCAUCUUCAUUGGAGGAAGCUUCAUCCUGAAAAAGAAAGGGCUGCUCCGAUUAGCUAGGAAAGGCUCCAUGAGAGCAGGACAAGGUGGUCAUGCGUACCUUAAGGAGUGGCUGUGGUGGGCUGGACUUCUUUCAAUGGGAGCUGGCGAAGUAGCUAACUUUGCUGCCUAUGCUUUUGCACCAGCUACAUUAGUGACUCCUCUGGGAGCUCUCAGUGUUCUUGUAAGUGCCAUUCUGUCAUCCUUCUUUUUAAAUGAAAAACUUAAUCUCCAUGGAAAAAUAGGGUGUUUGUUAAGUAUACUCGGAUCAACUGUGAUGGUCAUUCAUGCUCCACAAGAGGAGGAAGUAGAAACUUUAAAUGAAAUGUCCAACAAACUAGGUGAUCCAGGUUUUGUGGUCUUUGCAACACUUGUUGUCAUUGUGUCUUUAAUUCUAAUAUUUGUGGUGGGACCUCGCCAUGGACAGACCAACAUUCUCGUGUACAUAACAAUUUGCUCUGUGAUUGGAGCGUUAUCAGUUUCCUGUGUAAAAGGUUUGGGCAUCGCUAUCAAGGAACUUUUUGCGGGCAAACCAGUGCUGAAACAUCCCUUGUCUUGGAUUCUGCUGCUAAGCCUUAUUGUCUGUGUGAGCACGCAGAUCAACUAUCUGAACAGGGCUCUGGAUAUAUUCAACACUUCAAUAGUGACUCCGAUCUAUUAUGUAAUCUUUACCACAUCUGUUUUAACUUGUUCGGCCAUCCUUUUCAAGGAAUGGCAGCACAUGGCGGCUGAUGAUAUUAUUGGCACCUUCAGUGGCUUCCUCACAAUUAUUGUGGGGAUCUUUUUAUUGCAUGCCUUCAAAGAUGUUAAUUUCACCCUGGCAAAUUUGCCCGUCUCCUUGCGGAAAGAUGAGAGAGCAGCAAAUGGUUCUCUGCUGAGCACGUACGACUGCUUGAAUCAUGAUGAAGAAAGUUCUACCUGUGUAGGUGAAAUGCAAUCCACUGAGAGUCUCUCAGCCAGGAGAAAUGGAAGUCUGUCAGCCUUCUGAAAAUAUCUAUGUGGUAAAUAAGAAAAGAACAAUUCUGUAACUCUGGAUUUUUUUUCUGCUGUGAAAUGUCUGAGCUUCUCUGGAACCUCAUGUUCUUCUUAACGGUACGUGUAGACAAUCUGUAUUUUUUAAGUUUGAUUAGUUAUGGAUCAAAAUCACUGAAGGGGUUUUAAUUUGCCUUAUUUUUACUUUAAAAAAAAAAAUACUAAAAUGACCUCAGACCACAGUUGGGUUUGUUGCUUAAGUUAUGUGUAAAUACUUUCAUUUCACUCUUCUGUUUUCAGAUGUAUUGCACUAAUGACAAUUUUAUCAAAAAUAAAUUGCUUUAUUUCUGCAUUGGUGGUAAACAGAUUGCAGCGAAACUGAA